GGAACUGGAGUACGGGUUUGAGUCGGUAAUUUUCACCGUCCAUUUUUCAGUUAUCUUCAUUUACGCUGCCAGUUUAGCACUAUUGUUAGCUAAACGUAACGAAAUCUUAAACGAAACAUUUAGGUAUCUAACUAUAACCUCUUCUUUACGACACAUUCUUAAGCAUUUCGCUUUUUUAUCCAUUGCAGAAUGUACUUCCCAGUGAAUUCAAUGUCGAACGGAUUUCCAACAUCACCCGGUUACCUGGAAAUGGUGGUGUGCAACGAGAAGGAGCAAUUGGUGGCUCUGAGGCAGAUCAAAGUGCUUCAUGACAAGCUUAACGACGUGGUAGAGUUGGUUAAUUACUGCUUCGCCGUUCAGAUAACGUUUUGUGUCGGUUUGUGCUUCGUGAUUGGCGUUGUCUGCUCGUUCGGACUGUUCAAGACGUUGCUCUACUGGGACGAGCUGUACUACAUGGGCUUGCUGAACUUCGUCUGGUACCUGUACUAUCUUUUCUUCGUACUGUUCUUCAUUGCCAUUGGAAGCAAAGUUACGCGUGAAGUAUGA